ACCUCGACACGAAGCAGAGUAACCGGGUUAGACUCUGUCCCUCCAGUUAUCCUAACAGGCGCCUCGAACUUGGGUCGGACGCCCAGGCUCAAGUACUGCCGAUUCCGGCGCCGCCUCGCACGCGCGGAGUCGGGGGGGCAAGCGCGUGGUUCCUCGGUGCGUGCUCCAUCCCCUUCCCCGGCGAAUUCCACCUCGCAGGGCGUGGGCGUGUGUUGCGAGCCAUGGCCGGUGAGAAGAAAGUGUUUGGCUUCGAGGAGGUCGCCAAGCACAACGUCGCCAAGGACUGCUGGCUCGUCAUCGCCGGCAAGGUGUAUGAUGUCACUCCCUUUAUGGAUGAACAUCCUGGUGGAGAUGAGGUGUUGCUGGCAGUAACUGGGAAAGAUGCAACUAGCGAUUUCGAAGAUAUUGGCCACAGUGAAUCCGCAAGGGAGAUGAUGGAGAAGUACCACAUAGGGGAGAUUGAUGCUUCGACCAUCCCAGCGAAGCGUACCUUUGUACCUCCUCAGCAAGCGCCCCACGGCCAAGCCAAAGACAAUGACCUCCUCAUUAAGAUCUUGCAAUUUCUUGUUCCCAUUUUGAUCCUGGGGCUUGCAUUUGGUAUCCGGCACUACACCAAAUCUGAUUAGGUCCGUGUUUAGCGAUUUCCUUUGGAGAAAUAGCUUUCGCGUGAUAUGGUUUGAGUUAGAACAGCUUAAUAAUGGUAGAUUUGUUGGCUGGCAGUGUGUUGUCUCAGUGAUUAUACAAUGUACUGUGUUCUGAACAUCCAUAUUUGCCCACGUACGGUUUGAUUUCAAUGACUGAAACAUAUGCUUACCAUGAAAGACUGGAUGAAAAUCAACACUA